CGCCGGCUCGCGCGAGCACGCAGCUUCUACGCGCCGUAAACCGCGUUUUACGAACGUUAUAAACAUUUUUACAACUCAAAUCGACUCCGUAAAAAUCUGUACGGAUUUUGAACAAGGUUUUUUUGCACUCUCUGUGUCGCUCCAUUAUUAAGCGACUGUAAAAUGUGAUUAUGAACUUUUAGUAAUUGGUCAUGUUUAGAAAUAUGUUUAUUUGUAUUUUUGUAAAAGUGAAAAGUGCCAAAUUUUAAAAUGAAAUUUCGCGUGUGCCAUGUUUCUGAUAUACUUUAUUCUUCAGUCAUCAAAUUAUUAAUUUGGGUAGCGGUUUCAUUCUUAAUCAAAGGUGCUGUAUGCUGUGAUGAAGAGUAUCGCUUGGUGCGUCAUCUCAUGCAGAACUACGACGCUUCAGUACGUCCCGUGGAAAACUCCUCGCAUCCUCUCCUCGUUACCUUCGGAGUCUCGCUCCAUCACAUAAUUGAUGUGGAAGAAAAAGAUCAGUUGCUGACAACAAACUGCUGGAUCACGCAAGUGUGGAUGGACUAUCACCUCCGAUGGAAUACGAGCGACUUCGACGGAAUCGGCGUCAUAAGGAUACCUUUCGAGAGGGUGUGGAAACCUGACAUUAUUCUUUACAAUAACGCGGAUCCUAACUAUCGCUCCGCGGUUAUCAACACGAACGUGAUCGUUCGUAACACGGGCGAAGUGACGUGGCUGAGUCAUGGCAUCUACGUGUCUGUGUGUGACAUCAACGUGGAACAGUUCCCGUUUGACGUGCAGCUGUGCACCAUGAAGUGGGCCUCAUGGACUUACGACGGUUUUCAGUUGGACUUAAUAAAACAAUUCGACGAAGGCGACACAACGAACUACCAGACGAAUGGGGAGUUCGACCUCGUGAGCUUCGAGGCUAAUAAGCACAUGAAGUAUUACUCCUGUUGCGUGGAGCCCUACCCUGACAUUACGUACAUCAUCAAGCUGCGGAGAAGACCCAUGUUCUACGUGUUCAACCUCAUUCUUCCGUGCUUGCUUAUUAAUGGGAUCGCUCUUCUCGUGUUCUACGUACCGUCGGAGUCUGGCGAGAAGGUGACCUUGGGGAUCAGUGCACUACUCUCCAUGACGGUGUUUCUCAUGACCAUUAGGGACACCUUGCCACCAACAGAGAAGACUCCACUUAUUAGUCUGUAUUACGGAGUUAGUACGUGUCUAGUAUCGUUCUCGGCGUCCCUCUCCGUGGUCACUCUAAAUAUAUCCUACAGAGGAGUGAGAGGGCAGCCUGUGCCGGCCGCGCUGCGCGAGCUCGUGCUGCAGCGGCUCGCGCGGCUGCUCUGCAUCAACUUCGAUGUGGACGCCAAGGGUGACAGCACGCCAGUAGCGGUGGGAGUGCAGGUGAACCCUCGCACCGGCUCGCGCCUGAAGGCGGAGCUGAGCUGCGACGGCGCGCCCUUGCCGCCGCCCUCGCCGCGCUUCGCCCGGCACAACCACAACCACAUGGCAGGAGCGAUGGCUGCACAGAGUGACGUGAGCACCGAGGCCUGUCCGACAGCGUGCGUCCGCUGCGCAUGCUGCGGCUGCACGCUGCGCGAGGCCGCCGCGCGUCACGAACAGCGGGUCGCCGCUAACGAGCGCCUCGAACGUGCCAAUCUUGAGUGGAAACAGGUGGCAGUAGUAGCGGACCGGGCGCUGCUGGCGGUGUUCGUGCUGGUCACUGUCAUCUCCACAGCGGCCAUUCUCCUGCCCCAGCUCACCAACCUGCACGUCGGAAACACGCCCUUGAAACCACCCACUUAGAACACAAUUUCAAAUAUUUCGGUAACAAACUUUUGUGCCAACGAAUAAUUAUUACAUGGUCAAAAUUGUGCCAAUUAAGUAUUAAUUUGAUAACUUAUUCGAGUAAGUGAAUACUCGAUUCUACUUAAAGUUUUAAACUUUUACUAUAACAUCGGCCAAAUUAUGAUAUCGAUAACAUUUGGUAUAAUUUUAGACAGAGAUUAAAUUGCUCUAUUUAUUUUGCUCUGAUGACAAAAAUAAUUGCCUAAUAAUUUAGUACCAGAUGUACACGAUUUGUUAAAACAAUGUGUAAAAAAUGUUUAUCUUUUUACUUUCCUUAAAAUAAGUUGUGCCAAUUUUAUAAAAUGUCAAUUAUUUAACUAAAUAUUUGAAAUACUGUUCAUUAAGUUGAAUGGUGUAACGUUUGUAGUUUAUAGGAGAUGGCAUUAUAGCUAGUUAUUACUGUUUAUACUUUGAUUUAUCUUAUACCUAUUGAAUCUUCGCCAUUUUAUUAGCUUGUAAAUACACUUAACAGAUAUCAUAUCACACAAUUAACAAACAACAAAGUACACAAACAAUGCAAUCACUGAAAUUACUCAUAAUUGUUCAAAUUAGUUUUCAUUUUAAGAUUAUAUUGAUUAUCAGUGGAAACAGUUUAGAAAUUGAUGUUAGUUGUUGAAACAUAAUAUUAUAAAAACUAGUGUAUGCUCAAGGUUGUUGCCAAAUAAGAUAAUUAAAAACGAAAGUGUAAAUAUUAAUAAGAAAGUUACAAUAAU